CGAAGGUGCAGCCCUGAUACUCACCUUGACUCCCUGCCAUUACACUAGCACUUCAGCGCUGUCUGAACAGAUGCCUUCAGCCUUCCAGCGCAGGCCGAGAACACUCCCCACGGCUGCUCUAGCAGUUGACGGUACUGCUGAUGCCGGUGGCUCUGCGGGGGAAGAGACCGGCUCUGGCAGUGCGGGCAGUAGCUCCUCCGCUGCUUCUUCCUCCUCCUCCUCCUCCUCCUCGCUCCCCUCUCCAUCUUCAGGAGCGCCAAUCUCCCUUCGACCUUCAACGCACCCGACUCUGCGUCCUUCUCCCUUCCCACAACAGCAGCCUCUCCCGCUCUUCUCCCUCGGCCUAAAUGCAAUAAACGAUGUUCUCACCGGUCUAGGCCUGCCGGCCGGUUCACUCGCACUCUUCCUCCCUGUGCUGCCUGCCUAUCAUUCGUCGAGCUCGUCAGGGGAAGAGGAGGAUCGGAGAAGGACUGCAGAGGCAGGAGCGGCGUAUGCGGAUCUGGUGGUGAGGUAUGGGGCUGCGCAGGGAUUGGCGGCGAAGCAGAGGGUGCUGGUUGUGGGUGAGGAGGCGGAGGAGUGGAUGAGGGGAUUGAUGGGAUGGGCUGGAGCUGGAGCUGGGGAGUCAAGAAAGACAGAUACUACUAAUACGGCAACGUCCGAGACGGACACGGCGCCUGCUGCUGGAACUGGCAAGUUGUCAAGCGGUGCAGAGGAUGAAGAGGACGAAGGCUCCUCCUCCUCUUCUGGCAGGGACUCCCAGCUCAAAGUAGCCUUCAGGUACGAGAAGCUCAAGCGGCUCGAGGAGAUGGAGAACAAGGCUCUUGGCAUUGGAUCUCCUUCACCCUCCUCCUCGUCGAGUGGACAAGACAAUCUGCCUUACGUCCACCCCUUUGAUCUUUCGAUGAAGAUGCCUGGAUCGGUGCUGCGCGAGGCAAGACAGGAAGGGAGAUUGGUCGUGCAUACUCUGGCGGAGGAAGAUGUAGAUGGAGAAAAUACGUACGAGCAGGUCUGGUUCGUUGUGAAGACACAAGUAGCCUUGUGGAGAGCGCAAGACGAAGAGCAAAGACGACAAUGGACCUCUCAGGGGCCGGCCGUUCCUCCACCUUCGCCGUUGCCGAUACGUGUUGUGUUGCCUUCUCUGGGAUCUCCAGCAUGGAGCGUCAAACGCGGUCAAUCCCACGCUGUCGAGUCGUACCGUCUGCUGCUACGGGUCAAAAAAUUGCUCCGGUCUUCAAGUUGGAUUGGCAAUAUUGCCCGCACCGGGGACUCAGCUACAAAUACAGACCCACCAAUCGAGGUCCCCACAAUCGCUCUCUGCUCCCCCUCCGCCUCGCUCCUCUCGCACGACUCGACAGCAGCAGUAGCAACACGCUUGUCCACACUAGCCGACAGCGCCCUGGCCUUCUCAUCCUACAGCGCCGACGCACGUCUGCGUUCCGUCUUCCAGCCUCCCACCUCCGAGAGCUCUACCUCGUCAGGAGCCGGAACGGGCAAAUCAGCUAGCUUCACCGGCGCUCUUCAGAUCCUCAAGACGCCAGCACUGGGUUCGUUGGCCCCUUCGAGCAUCAGAGCAAGCCAACUUCGGGGACUGAGUUCUGCCUCGGGCGAUGGAGGAGGGGGAGGCUCUGGCGGGGAGAAUGCAUUGGGAUUCAAAGUGAGACGGAAAGGGUUCAAAGUCGAGGUGCUUGGGCGGGACUUGGUGGCUGAUUGGGGCGCUGGUGGGGACGAUGAGGACAAGAAGAAGAAGAGGAAGCCGCCGCCAGCAGCUGCAGCAAAGUCUACAACAAGCUCUGUUGCUUCUGCUGGCACGGCGCCCGCAAAGGCGAAAGAGGCUGUGACGGCUGCUACGGCUUCUGCUGCACCUGCUCCGGCCACUUCAGCUGCUGCGUCGAAUGCUUCUCAGGCUUCGCCAUUGAAAGGUCUAGCAGCCCUACGUGCAAGAGGUCUACGAGCUGCCGCGUCUUCCGCAAACGCAGCGCCAGUGGCUGUAGGCGAAGAGAAGCCAUCGUCGGUUCAACCGGCGCACCCACACGCACAUGGUCAUGCACAUGGGGAGGCAGAAGCGCAGGAGCGUCAGGCGAAACGGGAGUUGAAGGAAGAGCAGCUGCGCUUGGCUGCCGGGCAGAACUGGUAGGCCAAGUCUGUCCAGCGACUUCGGUCGACGGUCACAAUUGAAUGAGACUAUCUCAGAUGUCAAUAAUCGUGCUAAGAGUGAUCCAUAGACGCUAGGAAAUCAACAGAUG